AUGUUUAGUCGAUAUCACAGCGUCGAUGAUGUGCGAGCCCUGUGUAUUGCCGCAUUCUGGCUAUCAGAAGUAUCGUGGAAGCUCUCCGGCCAUGCUAUCCGGAUAGCCACGGAGCUCAACAUCCAUCAGUCCUUCUCCCGGGCAAUGGAAGGCGACCGAGAGCACUUUCUCCGAGCCAGGCUCUGGUACAUGCUCUAUGUCUGCGACAAACACUUCAGCAUAGCGUACGGCCGCCCACCCAUGAUCGCCGAAUCCCUACAGAUCCGAGACCACGAGCUGUUCCUGCAGUCGCCCUUCGCCGAUGCCCUCGACCGGCGGAUCCUCUCGCAGGUCUCCUUGAUGCAGAUCCUGACGCGCAUAUACGACCGGUUCAUCGAAGGGAGCAAGGGAUUCCCUCAGGAAAACACGGCAAGCGCGAUGCUCGCCGACGAGGAGGGCGAUUUUGAUGACCUGCGCGCGUUCAACGGCGAGAUAGACCGCUGGCGGAUGCUGUGGCACGCGCGCCAGGAGAAUAACCCUUUUAUCGGGUCCUUCCCGCCAAAGGGAAUCAUACUAUACUCCUAUUUUGCCAAGCUGCAGCUCAACUCGCUCGCGAUCCGUGGCGUGAGCCUGUCCAGCGGCCAACUGUCGACGCAGCGCAAGGAAUUCGUGAACCUAGCCAUCUCGGCGGCUGCUAGUAUCCUCACGUUCGUGCUAGAGGAGGGGGACAUGAGGAGGGCGCUGGUCGGGACACCGCUCUAUGUGCACACUAUGAUCACGUUCGCAUCUGCCUUUCUGAUGAAGGGCACGACCAUGUGGAGCCGCGUCAUGGGACUGAACAUCGAGGCGGGUUACGUUACCAAUUUACUCGAGCGCGUGGUCUCGUUGCUGAAGACGUCGGUGACUUCCGAUCGACAUGUCCUGCACCAUAUCGCAUUUGGACUGGAGAAGAUGUUGGCGAAGUUCAGCGCAACCUCAGGUGCGGCAACAGUGCAGGGCUCGAGACAUGCAGCCCUCAACACAGGCAUCUCAGGUCGUGACAACGGCCAGUUUGACCAAAGGUUCCCGACUGAUGGGCAUCACGUGGCUUUCUCGAACGCGGAAUGGGGUCCAGGAAAUACCGGAACACCCAGCUUCAGUUAUGAGUUCUCUGGUGACUUGAUAUUUGAGGCUUUCGGGAGUGGCUCUGCGAAUGAUGUCUAUGAUCUGCUGACGAGUCAACUGCCGUACUGA